CAUGGGGGUGCUGGUUGCUGGGGGAAGGGAUUGGGCUCAUUUCUCUUCAGUCAGACCGUGGGUGGCGUUGGGCUGAGCCUGGCCGGUCAGGGUAAGGCACAGGGCUGAGCCAAGCGACUGAUGCGGGCGGUAAUGUUUCAGGCACCGGCUCGGCUGUGCGCGACGUUACGCCAGCGAGAUCUCCUGCAGCUCAUGUCUGGCUCUUCGCCCGCGUUCAGUCGCCAGGCCCUGCUCCGUAAAACCGGCUCGGCAUCAGCGACGACGGGAACGGUGCCGCCAGCGGCGGGAGCACCGGCACCGGGUGCGACGGUCGGCGCGGCGGCCGUGUGUUCCAUGGGAACUAAUACCAACAGGUUGUACAGUACUCUGGCUCCAACUGUGACAGAUAAUGGAAUACCACAACCAAAGGAAUACGAUGUAGAGACAAACUUAGAACCAGUUGAUCCAACAGACCCCAAUGAUCUCCUCAAAGAAUGUCAGAAGGUGCUCGAAAACCGUCCACCCAGACUCCAGCGGGAUUUUUUGCUUUUAAAGAAAAGUAAUCUUUCUGCUGUGUCUCGUCCGAUCAAGGUCCUACAGUGGAACAUACUAGCGCAAGCUCUUGGAGAAUGGAAGGAUAAUUUUAUUAAGUGUCCAAAAGAAGCUUUGAACUGGUCAGAGCGUAAAUACCUUAUCUUGGAGGAGAUUCUAACCUACCACCCAGAUAUCUUGUGUCUACAAGAAGUGGAUCAUUACUUUGAUACUUUCCAGCCAGUUCUCAGUGGGUUAGGCUAUCAUUCAACAUUCUUCCCCAAACCAUCAUCUCCUUGUUUGGAUGUAGAACAUAACAAUGGACCAGAUGGAUGUGCUUUGUUUUUUCUACGGGAACGAUUUGAAUUGAUUGACACUGCCACAAUUAGGCUAGCAGCCAGGAUGUUGCAGACCAAUCAAGUGGCUAUUGUCCAAACCCUCCGGUGUAUUGAAACCAGCAAGGUGUUCUGUGUUGCUGUGACUCACCUGAAGGCUUGCAGUGGUUGGGAGCGAUUUCGUUCAUCACAAGGCUGUGACUUGCUGCAGAAUCUAGAAACCAUUACUGACGGAGCCAGUAUUCCUAUUAUUGUGUGUGGAGAUUUUAAUGCAGAGCCCACUGAAGAUGUUUACAAACAAUUUACUAAGUCUAGUCUAAAUCUGAGCAGUGCAUACAAGCUACUGAGCGAAGAUGGACAAUCAGAACCUCCCUUCACAACAUGGAAGAUACGACCCUCGGGCGAGAGCUGCCAUACGUUGGAUUACAUUUGGUAUUCUCGGAAUGCGUUUUGUGUGAAUAGAUUGCUGAAUUUGCCUACAGAGGAACAAAUUGGCCCUAAUCGCUUGCCAUCAUUCCACUACCCCUCAGAUCAUUUGUCGCUUAUUUGUGAAUUUAGCUUUCUGGAUCAAUUUGAUGAAUGACUCCUUUUCAGUCUAUUAUUAAAAGUAAGGUCAAAAUUUAGUCAGUACAGUGAAUUAAAUCACUCCUCCCAUCUUCCAUUGAACCACUGCCAUCGUAAAUCAUUCGAGACCCAUCUCCCUUCAGAGCAGAAUUGUUAAUAAAAUGCUGUUCAGUGCUUCUUUCUCAAUGGCAGUGAGCUGCUUUCUAAAGCCUGAUUCAAAUGCCACUAAAUUUAUGGACCAUUUCUUUAAAAGUAUUUGUCUACAUUUUUCUUGGAUGGAGUUUGGGUAGUUUGUCUGAAAUCGCGUGUGGUUUUAUAUGCACAUUGAUCAAUGAGUAACUUGUGUUGCAUUUUAUUCAGAAAUAAACAGAUGGUCAGUCGUGUCUGAUUUUUACACACCAUUAUUACACUUGACCUUCAUUUUAAUCCCCACUCUCAGACCAAAGAAAAUUCUGGGCUAAGUGUAAGUAUAUGCACAAUCCCAAAACUACUAAAUUAUCAAAAUUAUAAACAACAAACUGGCUAAAAGUGGCUAUAAACAAAUGUGAAAUUCAUUGCUUUCUUAAUUUUAUUUCUGGGCAAUUAAAGGUGCCACGUAGUACAAAAGGCUUUUUGUAGGAUGUGGACAUGAGGGUCAGUGGUGUUGUCCAGCCCCAGUUGCAUUCCACUUGGUGUUGGUACGUAUGCAGUGCUGUUAGUAAGUUCUUCAAAAUUCAGAACCCUAUUUCCCCUAUAGCACUGCAGAGUAAAGCCCUUCAUUCUGCUUAGUGGCAGAACACUACUAUUUGGUGUUCCCACUUAUUAUGGAACCCACUUAUUUCCAUUUCUUUCUGAGCUAAGCUGUUCAAAUUUAUUUUACAUUGAACCCUAUAUUCAGCACCGGGAAAUGCCAUUCCUUGAAAUAGGAAGAACAGAUUCUAGCAUUAAAAUCCUGCUAUCAAAUCUGUCACACCAUUCCUAUUUUAGUAAUGUUCAGUGUAAUUUUUAAAUGCUACAGUAAUCCUGUUGUAAUCGUAAGAUAAACUUUCCAAAUAUUGUGUAAUUUGCAACUAAUAUUAUUUAAGGAAGUAAACAUUUGACCCUUAGUGGUCAAGACUGUCAUGUGAACGAUUUAUGUAACUAUUUCAAUGACUAAGUUUUUUGAAUUUAAACAAAAAAAAUACUUGCAGGCUUUUGAAACUUGAGACCCCAAGUUGGUUAUUAGUGCAACAUUUUAAGUAGCAUCUAUUACAGUGUGUUGAAAUAAUGGAUAUGGUAAUACUUAUUUGCUCUUAAUGCCAGCAUAACUUGAUUUUGUUGUGGCUCUGCAUUAGAAAUGCUUGAAACAUUCAAAUUGGAUGCUGUGAAUUUAUACUUGAUUAUAGUUUAAUCUGGAAAAUACUGAAAAGAUAACCAAUGUCAUGACAGCAGAAGACUUAUUUCCAGGAAUAUUCACUCAUUUUCUAGGUGCAAUCUAGUGCAAAGCUUGUAUGCAUGAAGAUCUUCCUCAAAAAUCCUACCUUUUUUUUCUAAAAAGAAAACCUCAUGGGUUCCAUUUUUUAAGUCUAUCGUCUCAAGUGUAGUUCCAAACUAUAUUGUUCUUCUAGUCCUGCCUCUAAAUGGAAUGCAUAUAUAUGGCACCAUUUUGAACAGCAAAGGCCUAAAUAUUAAAUGAGUUAUCAUAAUUGAUUUUAAAAUUGACAUAGCUAAAAAUUCUAAAUUCCACUUGUCUUUCUGCAACUCAAAACAUGCAUAUUGUUUGUGAUAAUGUACUUAAUGUUAACUACAAACAUGCAUAUGAAAUUUAAAAAUCCAAAGUUGGAAUUUCUAAAAUCAGCUUCCUAGUAAGUUUUUAUAGAAAGUACAUUUUAAAACAGCUACUUUCUACGUAUUGUGAACUACUGACCCAUGGUUAAUCAAUGACAGGAAAUGUUAAGAGCUGGCAGCUUUGAUCAGAGUCAUCUAUCAUUACAAACUGUUUUAAAAUAAGCCUCAACUCCAGAAUUAACCUAUUAAUGUUUGUUGAUCUUUCAGCUAUUAAACUAAAAUCGUAAAGAAUGAAUGUAGUUGAAACUUUGAACUGUAAUGUGUUUACCAUACCAAAAGCCAUCAGCAUUUACAGUAAGAAGUUCGUGAGCACAUUGACAAUAUAGGGAGCUGGUUUUGUUGUUUUUGGGUGUUUGGAGUGGGUGGUGAAAGUGUUUUGAUUUCUGCAACUAGAGGGAUAAUGUAAGUGUAACUUUUGAGGAAAUGGUCAAAGGCAUGAAUGGUAAGAUGAGAGGUUUUUUUAUCUUGUCCAAUCAUGUAAACCAGGUACAUUGUCCUAGUUAUUAAUGAGGGGGUAGGGGGACUGGUUCAGUAGAAGCAAUUUAACAUCAAGUAAAGUCUCAUCAUUGAAGAUUAAAACACUGCUGUAGUUGUGUUUUAGAAUUUUUAAUUCUGAAGUCUCAUUGACAAGAAGUUUCUGUAGGGAUUUAGCAAAUGGAGGAAUUGUGCCCCACUAAUUUCUAUGGUUUUUAGUAGAUUUGUAGCUCGGGUUGUGGUUGGUUGGCUUACCAGGCUAACUGGUUGUUUUUCUGUAGACAUUAUCGAAGGGGUCUGGGUAGCCCACAAACCAAGAGCACUAUGACAGCUACUGACAAUCAGGAAGGAUCCAAUACCCACAACCAGUAAAAAUAACAUAACACAAAAUACCAUGCAAGGACUGUGGGGGGGGCAGGGGUAAAAUAUUACAUAGACCAAAUUGGAAGAGUACUGACAAUAAAAGACACCGCCAAUUCUCACUGUCUCAAUACACACCCUGACAAAGGACAUGAAUUUGAUUGGGGCAGCGCAUCCAUAAUAGCAAGAGCCAAACAGACAUACGGGGGAAAUCCUGGAGCCUGGCAUGAAACCAUAAUUCCAACAAACACAAUGAACUGGACCCGAUCAUACUUUUGGUUGUUUUUCAGUGGUUUGUAAUGUCAACCACCCCAGCAAACCAAGGCACAUAAAUAACAAGUGGGACAGAACACCAACAAUGCAACAGAGGUGCACUGAUGAUGUUACCUAGAGUGAUGAAAUAUUUGGAACCAAACAUGCAGGCUUGGCAAGCAAAUCUACAACCCAAGCUACAAAGCUUAGUUUUUUGAAUAUAUAUUGAAAGCAAAAGGGAAGGCCUCUGAGGUGCUGCUAAAUUUUGAACAUGCUUAUGGUUUCUUUCCUCAUCACCACCUGUGGUUUUUUUUGGAACAACAUGCUCGAAGGAUGAGUCAACAUCCAAUGAGUUUUAUUUUUAAUUCUCACUCCCACUCUGACCUUUUGAUCUCCAAUGCAAGAGUGUAGGAGGGCAGUGUAACCUUGGAACAACAUGCUAUCUCUAGACACUUGACAACUUUCCAGAACCCCCUAUUGAUUGCAAAUUUAAGAUAAUUUGUGGAUGGGUGAAGAAUGCCACUAAUGUCCCAAUCUCAUGAGAGGCAGAGAGUCAUUUGCUUAGCCAGAUAGAACAGAAUUAUAGAAUUGCAUGGAAAUGGACCCUUCAGUUCAACAUAUUUGUGCUAAUUAGAUAUCCUAAAUUAAUCUGGCCCCAUUUCUCAGCAUUUGGUACAUAUCCCUCUAAACUCUUCCUAUUCCCUAUACCCAUCCAGAUGCCCUUUAAAUGUUGUAGUUGUACCAGCAUCCUCCAAUGCCACUGGCAAUUCAUUACAUACAUGCAUCACCCUCUGAAAAACUUGCCCUGUAGGUCUUUUAUAUUUUUCCCCUCCUAAUUUUGGAUGCCCCUAUUGAUCCUAUCCAUGUGCCUCAGACUUUAUAAACCUCCAUAAAGUCGUUCCUCAAACUUUGAUGCUCCAUGGAAAAUAACUCCAGCCUAUUCAGCCCCUCUUUAUUGCUUAAAUUAUCCAACCUCAGCAACAUCCUUGUAAAUCUUUUCUGCACCCUCUCAAGUUCCUCAACAUUGUUCCCAUAGCAGGGAGACCAAUGUCCUGUAUAGCCAGAACGUGACAUAAUUUUGUAUGGACAUGGUCUCAAUGUAUUUCCUUGAUUUGGUAAUAUAAUUGUUAGUUUGUGACUGAAAAUUGAAAAUGGUGGAAGUGGUCAAAAUGUGAGGCAGCACUUGCAGAAUGUAUGAAUGAGUUGAUGUUUCAGGCAUGGUCUUCUAUCUCUAGUUUUGAUACAGGGCUGUCAUUGCUGAAGCAUUUUAAGUUGUUCCAGCCCUUGGUAGUUUCAGAGGUCUGGUCACUCUACAUGAGCAGUAGAUCAUGUAGCCCCCUGUGCCUUACCCCCUGAUCAAUGAGACUAGUUGAUCUAUUUCAACUUCAUCUACCAAUCCCCUUUUUUUCAUUUAAUUGUUCUUAAAUCAAGACAAAACAUUGUUAUAAAUACUUUGUUAUGACAGUGGUUACGUUUGAUUUUUGAAGAUUUUUCCAACCCUCAUUUGCCUCUGAUUAAGGAUUCUGCUAUUAUGACGAUUUGCCCUGCCAAGCAGUGUUUACAUCUGAUCCUUCUGAACUGAAGGGAAAACUGACAUCUAGUUUCACAAAGCAAUGCCUUCACUCCUGGUAUCUGUACAGUGAACUUUUUAUCUUUCUCCUUCCAAGAAAAGUAUUGUUUUGGUGUCUUUGAGGAAUGUAUGUAGUAUAUCGUUUCACCAAGAUCCUGUACAUAUGUAACUAUGCUUCUCCUACACCAAUCCCUCUACAAUAAAAUUUAAACAGUUGUCAGUGAUGGUUAAACAAUUGGCAGCUACUAGAAAAGCUGGCUCCAUUUAGCUUUAAUCUUCUAAUUUGUAGUGAUGUCAGAAAGGUGAAAAUUGCAGAUAUACUGGGUAUUCUUCCUGUGGUAGAGAAAUAAUGCACAUACUUGGACUUUUAAAAAACCUCAACUCGUGUGAUGAGAAAGCCAGUACAGAUUUGCUAAAGGCAUAAUUAUGUUGAACAAGCUGGGUUUCUUUGAUUACAUAAUUCAUUACCCCAAACACCUCUCUAUUAUAUGGAUUUGGAAAAGUCUUUGUGCUAAUUAGAUAUCCUAAAUUAAUCUGGCCCUAUUUCUCAGCAUUUGGUACAUAUCCCUCUAAACUCUUCCUAUUCCCUAUACCCAUCCAGACGCCUAUACAAUCAACAUGCCAGUAAAAUUGGAGUCUGUGAAAGGAACACUUGCAAUGUAAAUACAAACUUGGCUGAAUGAUAGCAAAGCAAUGCUGAAUUUCAUACUGAACUGGAACUGGCAUGCAGUAUUCCUCUGUCACUAUUUUUCAUAUAAAUGGCCUACACUUUGAAAUUUCUGCAUUCUGCACACAUCAGUUUGUUAUAUUCCUGAAAACGAUGAGAUUAGAAAUGGACAUUGCAGACUGGUGGAAUGGGCCAAAGACUGGCAGAUGAAAAUUUCUCUGCUUCAGAGUUUCAAGUGAUGUGGUGUGGUAGGAAGAGGAGUAAUAACAUAAUUCUAAAGGUCUCCAACAUCAUUGCAUAAUUGUUGAAGGUGGCUGCUGAGGUUGAGAAACCAGUUAAACAGGCAUAGAAGACCCUAGGACUUCAGGUUAACAAAGUUAUUAUCUUUAUUAAUAUUCUUAACUAGUGUUGCAUCUAGGAUAAAGUUUGUGAAGGUAUAGAAAAGGGUCAAAUGUUUCCAUGAAUGAGGGAUCUGUUACAGUCAGCUAGAGGAAACAGACUCCUCCUCCCAAUUGGUUUUCAAGAAACAAAAAACAGUUCAGAUGGGAACUUGUUACUGUAAGGGUCAAAACUAAUGGGCAAAAAGAAACACUGCAGCAAGUGGUUAGGAUCUGGACUAUACUGCCAAGAGUAGUGUGGUGAAAGCUGACACAGGCUUUGACAUCUUGGCUCUGCAAUUUUCUUUCCUUUUUUGAAAAGAGCUAUCAUGGAGACCAAGAAACUAGCUAACACUAAUCAAAUAGCCUUUUUCUAUAAUUACACAAGUUUAGAAGGAUGAGAGGGGAUCUGAUUGAGGCAUACACGAUUAUUAAGGGAUUGGACACACUGGAGGCAGGAAGCAUGUUUCCGCUGAUGGGUGAGUCCAGAACCAGAGGACACAGUUUAAAAAUAAGGGUUAGGCCAUUUAGAACAGAGUUGAGGAAAAACUUCUUCACCCAGAGAAUGGUGGAUAUAUGGAAUGCUCUGCCCCACAAGGCAGUGGAGUCCAACUCUCUAGAUACUUUCAAGAAAGAGAUAGAGCUCUGGCAGGAACGGGAUACUGACUGUGGAUGAUCAGCCAUGAUCAUAAUCAAUGGUGGUGCUGGCUCGAAUGGCCUAUUCCAGCACCUA